UAGUUAUUUAUAAAAGUGUCCAUUGAGUCGUGGUUAAUCAUUUCUACCCAGAUCUGUCCCUUCUUUGCAGUAGUCUUAGAUAUAUGCUUUGGUUCCACCUAACACACUUUAUCACUUUAUUCGGCUCUCAGUGUUUUUUUUUCCUCAGCUAUUCGUUUUAGGUGCCUUCAUUCUGACCAGAAGAGGGCAUGCAGUGUUUUGGGGAAGAAAAAAAACAACUUGUUCUGGUACAACACGUCCUUCCACGCGAACAAACCAACACAAAAACAGUUCGUUUUGAGCAUCGAACGACAGCAACAGAUCAUCGUGAUGUGGUGAAUAUUGGACCGACGGGUGGGAAAAAAAACUCAAGAUACCAAAUCCCCCCAUCACACAGACAGUGACAGAGAUCCAUCAUCGCAUCGCCGUGCGCCAUGCGUCGUGCGGCAGACCCGAGCAGCUUCCAGUCUGCACCUGCUCUCCCCGGGAGCUGCACAGGAAUGCACCGCCGCCGCGCCGCCGGAGAUCCAGCGACGCUGUGCGCGUAAAGUUACGCGAUCGCGCCUCGCUUCGGUCUGAGGUUGGGAUCUACCGUACCGCUCGACACACAGCAGCUCUUCGCGCAUUUCACACGGGGGACGAUGACUUGGAUUUGGAUUUGACUAGGUUGGUGUUCGAGUUACCCGCCGCAGCAGAGAGCAGCAGCCUACAUCUCUACAUUUCUUUUUUGGUGGUGCUAAAGGAGGAGGAGGAGGAAGAGGGGAUGAUCUGCACUUGACAAAGACGGGGGAAAAAACGGAUUUUGCAACGGAGCAAAGAAGAAAAAAAUGGAUAGCUCUUUCGGAAGAGGAUUGUUAUCUGUAGAUGGAAGUAUAGGACAUUUAUUUUCCUCUCGAGUGAAAAUUUUGCGCAACUGACACACACACAAAUACACGCGCGCGCAAACGAACACACACAAACACACACACACACACAAACAAAAGCACGCACGCACGCACGCACACACAAACACGCACACGCACACACAAACACGCACACACAUAGGGAGAGCGACCCGAGUCCCGUGGAGUGAGGACGGGCAGGUGCGCGUCAGAGGCGGCGGCGAGGCGCGGGGACCGGGGCGCGCGGAGGAGGCGAACAGCGGCGGUGCGCGGAGGGAGCGACUAUCAUGCGGACCCGAACGUCGCGCACUAGAAAGCAGUAGAAACCUGUGGACUGGACCUCAGUGAACAGCGGACAUGGGCCCAGCCAUGCGGCGUCGCUGGCUAGUGAUGCAGCUGCUAAUGCAGGUGUGGCUGACGGCGACCCCCUCCAACAGCGAGCGGCCGUGCCCCAAGAGCUGCCGCUGCGAUGGGAAGAUUGUGUACUGCGAGUCCAGCGCCUUCCGCGACGUCCCCAAGAACCUGUCGGGGGGCUGCCAGGGCCUCUCGCUGCGCUACAACAGCCUGGCCAGCCUCAGGGCGGGCCAGUUCGUGGGACUCAACCAGCUCAUCUGGCUCUACUUGGACCAUAAUUACAUCGCUACCGUGGACGCAGUGGCCUUUCAAGGGGUCCGGAGACUAAAGGAGUUGAUCCUGAGCUCCAACAAGAUCACCAUGCUCCACAACACCACGUUCCACCCCGUACCCAACCUGCGCAACUUGGACCUGUCUUACAACAAGCUGCAGGCUCUGCAGCCGGGCCAGUUCCAAGGCCUGCGCAAACUUCUGAGCCUCCACAUGCGAUCAAACUCGCUGAAGAGCAUCCCAAUGCGUCUGUUCCAGGACUGUAGGAACCUGGAGUUCCUGGACCUGGGCUAUAACCGCCUGCGCAGUAUCACCCGCAACGCCUUCUCAGGCCUGGUCAAGCUCACCGAGUUGCACCUGGAGCACAAUCAAUUCUCCAAGAUCAACUUCUCCCACUUCCCUCGGCUCUACAACCUCCGAGCGCUCUACCUCCAGUGGAACCGUAUCCGCUCCAUGAACCAGGGGCUGACCUGGACCUGGGCCUCGGUGCAGAAGCUGGACCUGUCCGGGAACGACCUGACGGAGGUGGACGCCGUGGUGUACCAGUGCCUGCCCAACCUGCAGACCCUCAACCUGGACUCCAACAAGCUGACCAACGUGUCCCAGGAGGCGGUGGACGCCUGGAUCUCCCUGAGCACCGUCAGUCUCGCCGGGAACGUGUGGGACUGCGGCACGGCCAUCUGCCCCCUGGUGGGCUGGCUCCGGAAGUUCAGGGGGGCCAAAGAGACCACGAUGAUCUGCGCCUCGCCGAAACAGGCCCAGGGCGAGAAAGUGAUGGACGCCAUCGAGGCCUUCGGAGUAUGUCGCUCGAGCCUGGUGACGGCGCCACUGGCGUCUAGCCUCCCGCCGACCCCCUCCGGCUUCAACUUCCGGACCGAGCGGCUCCCUUACGUUCCCGCCACGCCGACUAGCUCCCGGGACAGGGGUCGCGAGAGCCCGGUGGGAUUUGCCACACCUUCCGCUGUUUCCCCUCCUCCUGGAGGAGGAGGUGGAGGAGGAGGAGCGCCAGCCCCUCCGCCGCCGCCAGAGCAGGACGCCGAGCCGGUGUCCUUCCACAAGAUCGUGGCGGGCAGCGUGGCGCUCUUCCUGUCCGUGGCCAUGAUCCUGCUGGUGAUCUACGUGUCCUGGAAGCGCUACCCCAGCAGCGUCAAGCAGCUGCAGGAGCACUCGGCCUCGACCCGCAAGCGCCGCAAGAAGGCGAGGGAGACGGAGCGCACGCUGAGCUCUCCACUGCAGGAGUACUAUGUGGACUACAAGCCCACCAAUUCGGAGGCCAUGGAUGUGCUGGUGAACGGGACGGGACCCUGCACCUACACCAUCUCGGGCUCCAGAGAAUGCGAGGUCCCGCACCAGAUGUCUGCCUUGGCGUUCUACCGCUACGAGCAACCCAUCGUGGACUACUGCCAGGCACACCAGCCCCUACGCCUCAACAUGGGCUACGAGGGGCCCCCCCAGGGCCUGGAGGAGCUGGGGCCCCGCGACAGGGGCGGCCCCAUACAGACCGUGACCUUGCCGCCCGCAGUCCCCUCUGCCACCAUCGUGGGGGGCCCGGGCCCCCGGGCCACCCCACCUCUCCGGCCCCCGUCCGAGGGCCCCGGGGUUGGGCCCUUCCCCCCCUCCGCUAACGAGCGCUCCGGCACGCUCACGUUCGGACGCUAGCCUCCCCGAGGGGGGAUUGGACAUAAGCUGUUUUGCUUGACGUGGAAGUAAAAGUGGGCAGGGCCUGUGACCUUAAGGAGACGGCGAGGAGGCGGGAGAGAGGUGUCGGGUUUCCACCCGGGGCCUUGUUGUUGUUUUCAGCACAUGAUGUAACGAGACAAACCGACAUGGGAUGAAACACAAACAUAAAUAGUAUCACUGAAACGAUUUUCGCAGUAAAACACACCCUCGGGGCAAAUUGGGGGGCAUUUGAUAAACGUGACGACGACUCAGUCAUCCGUCAUCCGUUUUCUCAGCCCCGCCUUCCGAGUAAAUCCCAUUUGUCCCUGCUUUGGG